AUGGGAUGCAGAAACAUGGCUCAUGCAGCGUACAAAGUGUGUAGUAAAUGGUCUUUUUGGACUUCACUUGGAGAAGGCGACGUUGUUCCAAGUGAUGUCCCAAAGGGCCAUUUGGUAGUGUACGUGGGAGAAUAUCGCAAGAGGUUUGUGAUCAGUCUUACCUUACUGAAGCACCCGCUCUUCCAGGCAUUGCUGGAUCAUGCUAGGGAAGUGUAUGGUUUCACAGCUAGCUCGAGACUUUGUAUACCCUGUGAUGAGACUAUCUUCCUCAGAGUAGUUCAAUGUGCCAAAUCCCAACCAUGUCGACAACUUCCCAUCUGCUUGAGGGAAUUCUUCUGCAACUCCUGCGGCAAGAUUUAA